UAGGCCCACUUAUUAGCAUUUAAGAAAUGAUACGAAUUAGCUUGAGGGUAACUGAAGUUGGAAAACAGGCAUGGCCAGACAGUUUUGUGAAAAUUACAGGAAAAAUAAUUUAAAAAUUUAAAAAAGAAUACAUGUUUCUCAAUAUAGAUCGAGUCAGUGAGACGGAGAAAAAGAUGACUGAAAGUGAGGAGAUGGAGAAAGGCAACAAGAUGAGGACGGAACGAGAGAAUGAAAGGCAAAGAGAAAUGGAGGGGCUGCUCAGAAUGAGAAAGGAGAUUGAGACUUGUAACCAGGUAGACCACAACCGAUGGAAGCUGGAGAGAGAGAUGUUGGAGAAAGUCAACAAGGUGAGGAUGGAACCAGAGAAAGAAAGAAUGAGGCUAAUUGAAGAGCUGCUGAGGCAGAUAAGGGAGACUGAGGCUUCUAUUGAGGUACAGCGAAACCAACAGAAGCAAGAGAGAGAGUUGUUUGAGAAACAGAGAGAAAGCGUCGUGUCAGACAGAAAGAAGAUGGAGCUCAAGAUGGCAGAGCUGAAGGUGCAGAACAUACUGAACUUGGCCGAGAUAGAAGAGGUGACAGUGGAGAGUACUAAGCUGUUAGCUGAGAACGAAAGGAAGAGAGAGAUGUUGGAGAAACAGAGAGAAAGCUUAGAGGCAGAGAAAGAAAAUCUAGAAGUCAAGAUGACAAAUGUGACAAUGCAGAACAUACUGCACUUGGCCAAGAUAGGGAAGUUGACCGUGGAGAACACGAGGCUGUUAGCAGAGAAUGGAAGGCAGCGAGAGGUGUUGGACAAACACAGAGAAAGCGCAGCGGCCGACAGACAAGCGUUGGUGGACAAGAUGUCAAAGGUGAACAUGUCCGUGGCCAAGUUAUGGAGGUUGAGAGUGGAGAACAAGAAGAGACUGUUAGCUGAGAAUGAAAGGGUGGCGAAGGAGAGGGUGAGAGAGAGGAAUGGAUGGAACCUCAUAAGAAAUGGUUUGAAGACAGAUUUGGCCAAAGCAGACCUGGAGAGGAAUCAGACCUUAGUAAGCUGGAAGGAGGACAGGGGGAGAUGGGCCAAGGCCAAGGCUGGCCUACAAAGAAUCUGGGAUCAACAGGGGGAAAGAUGGAUGAAGGAGAAGGAGGAGAUUAAGAGAAGGAGCACACUGGCAGCAGAGGAGUGGAUGAUUGAACUGAGAGAAAAGGAGAGAGCGAUAGAGGCCCUGGAAAGAGAAAAGAUGAGGAUUCUUUGCCUGCAUGGACAAGAGAAGAAGGGAUGGGAGAUGGAAAAGAGAGCGAUGGAAAAGGAGAAGUUGGAGAUUGCAGGGGAGUGGGAGAGAACGAAUAGUGAAAUUGAGAAAAUGCAAAGGGAGAAAGACAGAUGUGCAAUAGAGAAGAGAGAUAUGGUGGAGAGGAUGAAAGAGGCAUACAUAAAGCUGUACCAGAUGCAGACUGCCCUGAGGUUCGGAGAGCAAGAGCAGCCACAGAAGGAAUCUAAAACUGCCCAGAGAGUCAGGGCAAAGCUAGAGAAGAAGAAGAGGAAAGAAAGAGAGAUGUUGGAGAAGAACAAAGUGAAAGAGCUGCUCAGAGCUAGAAAAGCAGAGAGUAAGGAAGAAGUGAAGAAGAAAAAGGAGAGGGUGAAGGCCCACCUGGACGAGGUGGCAAGGAACUAUAACGAAAAGAAACAGGGGGAGAAAGAAAGAGAAAAUCUGUUGAAAAAGGCGCACAUCCCAGACCUUCAACUGAAGAAGUCAGAAUGCAACACAGAUGGAAAAGUAAAUACUGUCGGCUGGCCCUGGUCAAAAUUUAAAUUCUGUGGAAUACUUCAUCAAUAAAGCAUUAUGAGCAUUUGA